AUGGGCGACGAAAGCUACUCCAACGCGUCCGGCAAGACCUUCGUCACGCGCCCGACCAUCGACACCACCAAGAUCAAUGACCCCAUCCAGCAGGUCAAGCAGCAAGAGGCGGAUCCUAACAAGCGCCUCCAAAGCCUCGACAUCCCGCCUCUUGAACAUGUUCUCUCCCCGCCCUCGCCCAACAUGGAGAUCAAUGCGAGCAUGUUCCGCCGCCAGACCUCGCUCGACAUCGACGACUACUUCACAGGCCCUCGCAACAUUAGCAAGCACUCCAAAUGGCCCCUCAUCAUGCAGAUGCACGGCAGCAUCAUCCCCAAGCUGAUUGUCCCGUUGCUCCUCGUCAGUGGCUGGGCCUCUGCCAUCACCGCCAUCUCCAUGAAAGUCCACAGCCUCAGCGUCAAUUCUGUCCUCCUGACCAUUCUGGGUUUCGUCGUCGGUCUGUCCUUGUCCUUCCGCUCCUCCACCGCAUACGAGCGUUACGCCGAGGGUCGUCGCUUCUGGGGUCAGCUCACUCUCGCCUCCCAGGCUCUUGGCCGCACUUUCUGGAUCCACGCGAGGGACGUUGCCAAUGAGGAUCCUCGCGAGGCCAUCCUCGAGAAGAUCAGCGCCAUGAACUUGGUCGUCGCCUUCUCCAUCGCCCUCAAGCAUUCCCUGCGCUUCGAGCCCUACAGCACCUACCCCGACCUCCAGCACCUCAUUGGCCACCUUAACACGUUUGCCAAGGAUGCUAUCAUUGCCGAGCCGGAUCUCCCUCUGACCAGGCGCAAGAACUUCUUCAAGUCCACGGGCGAGUACCUCGGUAUCUCCUUCGCCGCCAGCAACCCCCGAAAGGCCCUCAAGAAGACCACCCAGCACCUCGGUAACCUGCCCCUCGAGAUCCUCAACCAUCUCGCCCUCACCCUUGAUCACAUGGUCGAGAAUGCGCAACUUCCCGUCCCCAUGCAACAGACGGUUGCCUACAACCACCUCACCAUGAUGAACGACGUCAUGGUCGGCUGCGAGCGUGUCCUCAACACCCCUCUCCCCAUUGCCUACAACAUCGCCAUCAGCCAGAUCACCUUCGUCUACGUCAUUCUUCUGCCCUUCCAGCUCGUCGGUACUCUUAAGUGGAUCGCCAUUCCUGCUACCAUUGCCGCCGCAUACAUCAUCUUUGGCCUGCUCUUCAUUGGUCAAGAGAUUGAGAACCCCUUCGGCCUCGACGUGAACGAUCUGCCUCUGGAGACUUAUUGCGAUCAGAUUGCCAAUGAUAUGGAUCUCAUUGCCGCCUUUGAUAAGCGCGAGGCCGCUUCUUUCAUUUUCAGCAACAAGAACAUGCCCCUCUACCCCGUCAGCUGCGCUCCCGCCAGCGACUGGAUGAAGCGCAGUGAUGAUAAGCUCCGUGCCAUCAUCAAGGAGAAGCCCAAGACUGUGUUUGAGUGGCGCCGAGACGCAAUGCUUAAGAAGGAGAGCGAGCUGACCACUCGAAAGCACCGCGUUGUGCAUAACCACAACCAGGAGAACGAGGCCGAGAUGACCAAGAGUGUCAGCCCCAAGAUCACUCCCAAGGUCAGCCCGAAGCCAGCAAGGGAGCCUACCUUUGUCGAUCCCAAGUUCACCGCCGGCGAUCACAACGUCUGA